AUGGCCACCUUGGUGGACGAAGCCAUGGAGAGCUACGUGUAUCCCUCGUACAACCCCUACUCCUACCGCUACCAGCCGCCGAAGGGCAAAGGGGGGCCGGGCCCCUGGCGACAGCGGGGUGGGUACUUCUCCGGUUACGGCGAAACAGCGGCGGUGGCAGCGGCGGCCGCGGCGGCGGAAUACUUCGACAACUACCAGCGGGCGCAGCUGAAGGCCAUCCUGUCGCAGGUGAACCCCAACCUGACGCCGCGUUUGCGCAAGGCCAACACCAAGGAGGUGGGCGUCCAGGUCAAUCCGCGCCAAGACGCCUCGGUGCAGUGCUCGCUCGGACCGCGGCCGCUGCUCCUGCGCCGUCGAGCCGCCAGCGGCGAGCAGGAGCAGGGCUGCCCGGUCAGCGGCGCCGCGCGGCCCGUGCGCUUUCCCCGGACGAUCGCCGUCUACUCGCCGGUGGCCUCCCGCCGCCUCACCACCUUCUUGGAGGAGCCCGAGCCCCAGGAGCCGCCGCCAGGGCCGCCUGCCGCUCCUUUGUCGCCGGGGCCGCCAGGUACCGACGGGGCCGCCACCGUCCGCGCCAGCUGGGAGAAACCUGAGGAGGGCGGCGCCGAGUCCCAGGAGCGGGAAAAGCCGCCCUCGGCCCCAGACGGGGCGGAAGGAUCGGCGACGAAGACCCCGGCGGCCGGCGUGGCCGAGGAGGAACGGGAAGGCGAGAGCGGGAAAGCCGCGACGCUGCAGCUGGGUCAGCAGGAGGCCGGGCCGAGUAAGAGCCGCGUGCGCUUCCAGUUCCUAGAGCAGAAGUAUGGCUAUUACCACUGCAAGGACUGUAACAUUCGAUGGGAGAGUGCCUACGUCUGGUGUGUACAGGGCACAAACAAGGUUUACUUUAGGCAGUUCUGUCGAACGUGCCAGAAAUCUUACAACCCGUACCGUGUGGAGGAUAUUACCUGCCAAAGCUGUAAGCAGACCAGAUGCACCUGUUCUGUGAAACUGCGCCAUGUGGAUCCCAAGAGACCUCAUCGUCAAGAUCUUUGUGGAAGAUGCAAAGGCAAACGGCUUUCUUGUGAUAGCACAUUUAGCUUCAAAUAUAUUAUUUAAGUAAGUAAGGGCAUAGAGAAGGCCCCUCAGUAUAAGAUGGUACAGAGCAGAAAUUUUGUUUGUUUUGAAGUGGGAGGCUGCAAGAGUGGGAAGCCUGCCAAUGAAGCUGGGGUGAAGCAGCUGUAAAUCAGAAUGCAACCAAACGUCUACCUCAUUUGUUGUAAUUGUGUUAAGGAGAGGGAAUCUGCUUGGUGUACUCUGACAAACUAGAUUUUAUUUUGGUAUGGAAGAAAUAGUCAAAGCAAGUCCAGUCUUUUGUUGUUGUUGUUAUGGGGUGUGUAUGAGGGGGUAGUCUUGCUUAUUAAUUUCUUCAUAGGAACAGCUGCUCUAGAGAAAUGAAUGUACUGUGAGUCAUCCUGAACCAGAACAUGCAACUGUAUUUCACAGUGACAAUUGCCAAUCCAGGCAAGCAAAUCUUGUGGAAAAUGUUUUAGUUGUGAAAACACACAGUUUAAAGAGCUCAAAUAGGAAGGAAAAAGCAAGCACAAAUUGCCGAAAUCCAGAAGUUAUAGAGCAGCACUGUGUUGUCUUCCAGAUGUGUCCAACUGAGUAAAAUGAGAUCAUUGGUUGGGAUCCAGGAUCAUAGGCAUUAUUGUGGAUAUGGGUAGAUUCAGUGGGAACAUGAUCUCAGGAGCACGCCUAUGAAAGGAAUUACUUUGUACAUCAGCAAAAUGAGUUUAAUAGUUGAUGCAUCAUCUGAAGUUUUGAAACAGCUAAGAUUUCCUUUGUCC